UGCAGCACCCCAAACCCUUCUAUGCGCCUACAGCUCCCCAAGAAGGCUUCAGCCCCCAGGGCCUGGAUGGCACCGAGGGGCGAGGCAGCCAGCCCGCUCCCGCCUGCACGGAGCCCCUUCCUACUGUGGGUUCCUCCAACCUGUAUCAGCCCCCAAACCUGGAUAAAGAGAUCUUUCCAGCCCCUCCGGCAGGUGGGUCCCAGAGCUCCUCUCAGGGCUGCCCCUCCCUGGCCUGCAGGUUUCCAGAUGGCACCCUGCGGGUGCUUCUUUGACCCUCGCAUCUACCGAAUUGAGUGGGCCACCACCGACUUCGGCCAGUCGUCCCUGUACAAGCUGACAGCAGUGGGCGGUGGGGGACCGCCCGGGGCUCCGGCUGGGGGCCCCGCCUCGCCAGGCACCUACCUCCUAGAGCCCCAGCACUACCUCAAGGCCCCUGUGGCAGCGCCCCCACCCCUGCCGUACCCCCACUACCAGCCGGUGCCCGGGGGCCCCCAGUACUUCCUGCCCUACUUCCCACCUGAGGGGCCUGGGCCAGAGGCCCUGGGCUUUGUGGGGGAUGGGGGUCCCCCUGCCUACAUGGAGCUGCCUCCACCCCUGCUCAAGGAAGGCCUGGGGCCGCCGCCCCCACCACCUGUCCCCAAGGAUAACAAGUUACCUUCCCUGCUCAUCACACUCCCCGCUGAGGCCACGCUGCCCCCCGGCGCCUAUGGCCACCUCAAGGGCCGCCUCAGUCAGUUCCACGGGCCCAGUGAGCCCCUGGCCUUCCCCUCCAAGGAGCUGCAGGGUGGUGGGGCCGGGUCGGCCCUGCUGUACCCGCCGGGCGCCGCGGAGCCCAAGGUGGCUGAGGCAGAGGCAGCCCCACUGGGGGCGGGCGAGGCCAGGACCCCCGAGGCAGCCAGGGCCUUCGUGCUGCCUGAGAAGGUGCUUCUGGAAGAUGCCAUGAAGCUCUUCGACUGCUUGCCGGGCAACGCCGAGCCCGAGGGGUUCCCGCGCAAGGCCCCGGGGCCUGCCCUGCCGGACAGCAGGGGGGGCGGGGACGACUCAUCCAGCGACAUCCGCUCGUUGCACCUGCCGGACGAGCUGCUGUCCUUUGACUACAGCGUGCCCGAGAUCCUGGACACCGUGUCCAACGUGGACUGCUUUUUCAACUUCAAAGCCCUCGAUGAGGAGCCGCCGCCCCGCCCGGGGCCCCCAGCCGCCAACAUGGUGGCCCCCGUGGUGCGACCUGAGCUUCCCAAGAGGAAGGCCGGCUCCUCAUCCAGCAAGAAGGGGAGGCAGGGAGGCAAGGGCAAGCAGGCUGCGGGCCUGGCCGGCGCCACCCCCUCGGGGCCCAGGCAGGACCUGGGAGCCACCCCCCAUUAAAAUGGAUUUCACCUCUCAGCUCACUGUCCACUUGGUGGCACCAGGGCCCGGGGACCAGGGACAGUGGGCUGAGGCUGGACAUGGAGGACGAUCCCCUCCUCCGCCCUGGCACAGUGGGCCGGGGUCACGGGGUAAGGCCCAGCAGGGUAGGGCCCUCCUGGGGGAUGGA